UGAGGAACAUCUGGUGAUUUUCUGGUAAAUGAACUGUCGUUGAUUGAGGCUACUGUGCAUGUAGCUUGUAGCUCCAGUUAAUGACUUUUGUGGCUUACAUUUUAGUAGUUAUUUCAGUUUGAAUGCAGGAGAUACUUCACACUCUGAAGUCCUAUGGAUUGGUCACCUCAUCAGCCCUUGCAUUUUCUCCAUUCAAACAGAACAUUUGAAUAUAGUAAAACAUGGUGAACUAUAAUUCUCUCCCACCUCCCAUUAGUUCUUCUAACCCUUGUAUCAUUAUCUCUGCAUGUUUCCCCCUUGGGUCUACCAAAGGAGCCCUCAGCUGACGUCAAGCUGGAGACCGGAGCAGGAAAGAAGGGCAAGAAGGAGGAGGAGGAAGAGGAGGAAGAGGAGGAGUAUGUGGUGGAGAAGGUUUUGGAUCGCAGAGUGGUGAAGGGAAGAGUAGAGUUUCUGCUGAAAUGGAAGGGGUUCUCAGAUGAGGAUAACACAUGGGAGCCUCAAGACAACCUGGACCUCGACCUUAUCACCGAGUACAUGCAGAAACACAAGGAGAAGGAGGAGAAGAAGAAGGAGGGAAACAGGAAAGUUGUCAGUGAGACCUCGGGAGACUCAGAGGAGCGAGGGAGCAAGAGGAAGAAGGAGGAGAAACGGAGAGGAGGAGAGGGACCCAAACGUCACCACUGUCAACACUGUGACAAAUCCUUCACAACAUCUGGAUAUUUAAAGAUUCAUCAGAGAGUUCACACUGGAGACAAUCUACACAGCUGUGAUCAAUGUGGGGCAGCUUUCACACGACAGAGUACCCUAAAAAAACAUCAACGCAUUCACACUGGAGAGAAGCCUUACAGCUGUGAUCUAUGUGGUACAACAUUUUCUAGGAGUGAUCACCUAGAAAUCCACCGACGCAUUCACACUGGAGCAAAGCCUUACAGCUGUGAUCUAUGUGGGAAAACUUUUUCUCAUAUUAGUGGCCUUAAAUGUCACCAGCGCAUUCACACUGGAGAGAAGCCUUACUGCUGUGAUCUAUGUGGUAAAACCUUUUCUCAGAGCAGUCACCUUCAAUCUCACCAGCGCAUUCACACUGGAGAGAAGCCGUACUGGUGUAAACAAUGUGGGGAAACAUUUUCUCAGAGUGGUAGCCUAGAAAGCCACCGACGCAUUCACACUGGAGAGAAGCCUUACAGCUGUGAUCUAUGUGGUAAAACCUUUUCUCACAGCGGUAGCCUUAAAUCUCACCAGCGUGUUCACACUGAAGAGAAGCCGUACUGCUGUGAACAAUGUGGGGAAACGUUUUCUCAGAGUUGCCACCUUAAAACACAUCAACGCAUUCAUACUGGAGAUAAACCUCACAGCUGUGAUCUAUGUGGGAAAAUCUUUUCUAGGAUUGAACAUUUAAAAAUCCACCGACGUAUUCACACUGGAGAGAAGCCGUACUGGUGUGAACAAUGUGGUAAAACUUUUUCUCAGAGUAGUCACCUUAAAAGACACCAGCUCAUUCACACUGCCGUGUUGUGAACAUGUUUCAGAGCCAAGCUGUGUCCUCCUGCCUCCUCCUCAUGCCCUGAUAGCUGUGUUGUUAUUUUCUGAUCUUCUCUCCACAUUGAAGGCUGACCAGCAGUAACUUUAUCUUCUGAACAGCAUGUAUGUUAUCCUGGCUAUGACUACACAUUACACUCCCUCCCUUUGAAGGGAUUUAUUCCACUCAA